AUUAAUUAGGUAAAAUUUUAUAUUGAAAAGUGAAAAUUUGGUGAAAUAAUUUAAGAUAUUUGAUUAACUCGAAACUGUAUAACGAGGUGUGGAAGGACAAAUUUCAGAUUUUAAACACAAACCGUAAAAUUUUGGCCCCUUAAAAUAAAAUUCAAUUUAAUCAAAUCUUACGAAUAAACCACUUUGAAAUGUGUUGACCACAAAUUUAAAUGUGUAAAUAACUAUAAAACCAAUAACUAAGUAAAGUAUGACCAAAUUAUAUAAGAGGAAUAGAAAUAGAAAAAUUAGAGAAAUUUUGUUUUAAGGAAUAUUUAUUUACAUUUUACUUUAGAUAUUAGAGAAAGGGGUUAGAUAAAAUUACAAGUAAAUUGUAGUGCAUUCAGUGGGUAACACGAUAGCUACACAGGGCGAUUCUGGAUCGAGGAGCAGCUUUCACCCAUUAAAACCAUAGCGGUUGGGCAGUAAAAAAUAAGCCAUAGCUGUACACAAAAGAAACGAGUUCUCAAUUGCAGUUAAAUCUUGGAUUUCUGUACCUAAUCCAAUAAAUUUUAAAAAAGUCCUGAAUUCUCUUGGUUUUGUCUAAAAUUUCAAAAGACCAGUCGCGAAAAUUUUUUAUAACUCUCCGUUUAUGAUUUAUUUCUGAAACCUCUGAACUUGUCUACGAAUCUUCCCCUGACAUGCCUGUAUCAAAAAGUGUCUCGAGGACCCUCUCAAAGGACUCCGAUUCACUGAAUUUCAGGUCAACUCGAACAGGGAGCCUCCGAUCCGAGGGUUCUUCCACUAGAAGCCAGUCUUCCACCACAAGGUUAAGACAAAGACUUAUCACUAGUUCCUUCCUCAGACAGGACGAGUAUUCCAAAUCACCAAGAACCUCUCCGGGCUCUGUCAAGAGAGCUGUUAGGCAUCAGAGGGAGACAAGGGCAACUCAAACCCCAAGGAGAACCCUCAGACAACUCACUCUCUUCAAGGCAAACUCAACUGACUCUGUCAGGAGAACCCCGUCCAGGCGUUCUUCAAGCUCAAUACAAUUCGAUGACUCUGAUUUUGAGUAUACACCACCAAGAAGACGUGCUAGAUCCUUUAAAAGAAGUCGCAGCAGCUCAACUACCAAGUCCUCUCCUUCCAAAUUAACCCCCAAAAGACUCAACUCCUAUAAAAGAAUUAAACCAGACAAUAAAGAUGCGGAAAUAUCUCAGCAGGAUUCCAUAUCGACUAACCAGGACGAAUAUGUCGAAGGAGAAUCUGAAAUUAAAAUCACAAACUUAUCCGAAGUCCCAAAAAACUUUCCACUCACAAGCUCAGUUGACAAAGAAUCUACCGUAAGUAUUGAUACUUCAUAUUCCUUGAUUACAAUCCAAGAUGAGGAUGAUGACGAUCUUAACGAAGGAUUUCGGUUUAAUCGCACGAAGCGCCCUAAUAAUUUACAGGAAAGCAUUUUGGGCCUCAUUUCGAAGUACAAGUUGGAACUAGAGAGUCUAGAUGAGAAGAUUAAGAUUCUAGAGUCUCAGUUCUUCAGCAACCCUCCCGAAACCACAGGCCUUAUUAAGGGCUGGGAGGGGAAUCUAUUUCACAAUGGCUACUCAAACUUCUCUGGACACAAGUCAAGACGAGGACCCAACUCAAAGCUCAAAAACCAUUUCACACAAACACAAAACCUAAUCACCGAACACAUUUUCUCACUUACAUCCUCAACUUGUGCUAAUGAAGGAUCUGUUGAAAAUAAUAAAUGUAAUAAUGGAAAAUCAUUUAUUAAUAAAUUAAGAUCAAAAAAUGACAAAUUUCCUAUUUCGUAUCUAGAAUUUAGGGAAUCCGAGUAUAAAAUAGCAAAGGAGCGGAAGGAGGUUUUAAAGAGUAUUGGAGCUUCAAUUAGGGACAAAUUCAGGCCUGAAAUUGAUGAUUACGUCAAUUGCUGUUCAGAAAAGCGUUUUAUAAUUUUUAAUUGUAAAAAAGAAUCUAAGGAGAUGCACAGAUGCAUUCGACAUUAUCAACAAGAUUCCACAAGCCCCGAAGCUAUUCGCAAGGCAAUGUCGAAGAGGUUUGAGGAAGGUCAAAGUUCAGCAGUACCCUCGUACCUUAAGUCGGGUCAAGCAGAGAGCUCCAAACCAUGUAACUAAACAUAUAAACAAAUGGAAAUGUAAAUCAAGUAACAUAUUAUUAAGCUGCGUUUAUUCAAUUUUCAUUAUUUCUCGAUUGAAUCUUUAAACAAAAAAUCCAAACUGGAAAUUUUAAUCUUUUUGAUAAAAUUGAUUUAUUUCUGAACUAAAACACCAUUAAAUCAUGUAUUUUAAUUGUUAAACCUUUGUUUAACUCAUUAAAUCUUAAAUGUCAAUUGAACUUUUGUUAGUAAAGCCUUUUUAGUUGUGUUAAAAUUUUAAAUUGAAUUAAAAUUUUAAUU